CUAUUUGUUUGAAUCAAUCGACUCCCACACCACACCCAUCCCCUCGAGUAACACACUUCCCCGGCAUCCAUCUCAUUCCGCUCCACGCCGCUAAGUUCUCUCCCUCCCUCUCUCUCACUCUGUCCUCUACUCUACAUGCCGGGCCGCUCGCUCCACCCCCCUCAGCUACUAAUCCAAUCAGAGCGCUGCGGGGUUUGAAGUAUUGCAAAGGCGCAGCUCUUUGAGAAUUCUAAAAAACGCCCGAGCCCCGUGGGAGUCCCACGGCAAUGACGCGCGCAGCGAGUGCGUGCGAUGAUGCGUCGGGCGUCGUGUGGGUGGUGGAGGUGGGCAGGAACCGCGAGUUAGCGGCGGAGACUGUGGGCGCUGCCGUCGCUCACGCGGAGCAGCACCUCCCCGACGCCGCCGCUGCUAGUACUAGCUCCAACUUAAACGCGGCUGGCGGCGGAUGCAGCGGCGAUAGCAGCAGCAGCAGCAGCAGCAGCAGCAGCGUCAGUGGCAGAAGCGCCGGUGAUUCGGAGGGCGGCGGUGGGCAGCUGGCGGCGGCUGUGACGCUGAUUCUGUGCGCUAUCGCCUCGGGAGAAUCGAAUUCCCUCGAAUCCCACGCGCCUGAUGAAGCGCCUACCAGCGCGCUAGCUGCGGCGGGGGCGGAGGGCAGAACAGAGGAGGCGCGGACCCUGGCUGCGCUCGAGGCAGCGCUGCAGCUCGCGCGGUCGCGGAAGGUGAGGGCAGUGGUGCACGUGGAGAGGAGCGAGAGCAGGGAGAGGGGGCUGUGCCUCGCGGUCAGGCGCUUCCGCGCCGCGUGCCUCUUCAUCGGCCUGCGCAAGCGGCAGCUGUGGGGGUCAGGCGAGGCGGCGGUGGUGUCGCACUGCUUGGCGCACCUGCCGCCCGGCCGUCACGUCAUGGUGCUGCAGCAGGGCUCGCGCAAGCUCAAGUGCCUCGUCACCGCGUCCCACCGCACGCCAUCCCUCUCCGACCCCCGCGCCCUGCCGCUCAACCCCCACCUGCACCCCAACCAGGGGGGGCGCACAGCUGUGUGUAGUGAGGAGCUGUGCCUGCAGCCUGCGGGCCUGGGGGGGUUGGAGGGGGGGGAAGAGGAGAGGCCAGGUGCGGAUGGCAUGGGCGGUGGAAAGGUCGGGAGGUAUCGCGCUGGUGCUGCUGCUGCUUCCGCUGCUAAUGCUGCGGGUGCGGGUGGUGGUGGUUGCAGCAGCGGUGGUGGCGCCGCUGGUGUUGGAGUUUUGGCUGUUUCCAUCAGCGCUGACCAGGCGUGCACCCCACCGGCACUUGUGUCCUCAUCAUCGCCCCGGCGGCCGGCUCACUUCACAGCAGCCAAAAUGGGCGGCUUCGUGUUCGCCCACCGGAAAGCCACACCCGCUUCAGCAGCAGCAACAGCAGCAGGAGGAGGAGAAGCAGCGGCAGCAGCGGAGUGUGGUGGUGAUGGUGGCACGACCAGGUCUGCGCCGUCCAGCGGUGUGCUGCUACCCGUUGACUUGCUAGCAACCACAGACGCACUUGCUGCUGCCCCUUCUCCUGGUGGCGCUGCUGGUGCCGCUGUUGCUUUCCCUGCUGCUGCUUGUGGGACCUCUGAUCAUGGCACCGCAAGAAUUUUAUGCACCAGCAGCUGCCCCCUCUCCUCCUCCUCCUCCUCCUCCUCCUCCUCCUCCUCCUCCUCCUCCUCCUCCUCCCUCCUGCCGCCCACCGCCUCCCCCGUCGCCCCUCAUCCCACGCGUCCCUCCCAUCUCAACCACUCUCUCCCCUCCCCCACGCCAGCCCAUCCCACCGCCUCCUCCCCUCCCAUCUCUCCUCCUGGAGGAGUCACCCCUCUAGGACCCUCAGGGGGAAUGGCUUCUGCCUCUGCUGCCUCCGCUGCUGUGGCUGGCGCGUCAGUAGUGGCUAAUGCUGCUACAGGCACCUCGAGCCUGCUCUCCUUCGCAGACCUCCCCGCCCCUCCCUCCACGUCCCCCUUCUACCGCUCCCACAGCACCAGCAGCGCGCACCAGCUGUCCUCUCGCCCCCCCACCGCGCCCCCCCACCCCCAUCCAAGCGUCUCUGUCUCUGUCUCGGUCGCUGUGCCCUCCGGCCCGCCGCCCUCCCCGCCUGCCCUCUCCUCCACCACUCCCACGUCGCCGUACGGGCUCUGGCCGUCGUCCCCGUGGAGCCCGUCCGUGCCCGCGUCUCCUCUCUCCUCCUCCUCGCCCCUCUCCACCCACACUCUUGUGCGGGGGUACAGCAAUGGGGAGUCAUUUGGGGGCUCCAGCGCCUCCACGUCUCCUGGGGCCGGGGUUUCUCUGGGGUAUGCGGAUGAUGGUGCUGCUGCUGCUGCCGGGGAUGCUGGUGGUGCUGGUGCUGGUGCUGGUGCUAAUGGUGGUGGUGGGGGUGGGGGUGGUUCGGUGGCGGCAUCAGCGGCCAUCCCGCCAUCGCGCAUGCUGGUCAACUCCCGCACGUUGAGUCGAGGCAAGAGGGCCCUGCAACUCGCGGCUGCCAAUGCUGCACCCGCUGCCGGCCCUCCUCCUGCUGCUGCGGCUGCUGCGGCUGCUGCACCGGGUACUGUUGCCGCAGGCGCUGCCACUGCCGGCUCUAUUGGGGACGCUAAUGCGCUUGCUGCCGCUGCUGCUGCUGCUCUGGGGGGCGUGACUGAAAGGGGCGGCAGAAGGAACGGAGGAAGAGGCGGAGGUUCAGGGGGGGAUGGAGGAAGAAACGGUGAGUCAGGUGGGAUGGCAGGGAUGGGAGGGAUGGGUGUGGCAGGUGAGGCGGGGUUGCCAGCAGAGCUGGAGGUGGAGGGCGUGUGGGGCCCCAAGGAGCGCCUCUACUCCCACCGCCGCUUCCCCUCCCUCGGCUCCUUUGACGGCGCGGCUGCGCUCACCGCUGCUGCCACUUCUGCUGUGAGUGGCGCCACUCCUGCUGCUGCUGCUUCAAGAGGUGCUGGUGAUGGUGCUGCCGUCAGCAUUCGCCGCACCAGUGGUGGUGGUGGUGGUGGUGGUGCGGAUGGUGGUGCGGGGAUGAGCGGUUCUAGAGGCCAUCCCAGCAGCAGCAGCUUGAAAGGGGAGGGACUCAGUGCUGGUGGCAGGAGCAGUGGGCAGAACGGGUGGGAUACGCUUGCCGAAGCUGCUGCUGCCAUCUCUGGAACUGCCCAGUACUUAGGCGCACAGACGGAGAGACACAGGGAGAGAGAGUUGGGGAGAUGCAGGGAGAGAAAGUUGGAACGAGAUAUGGAGAGUGAGGAGGCAUCGGAUGGUGCAGAGGAGGGAGAUGCCCGAGCAGGUGCGGGGGGAGGAAGAGGGGGAGGAGGAGGAGGAGGAGGAGGAGCAAACACAGGCGAGGGGGCAGGGGUGAAGGUAGCUUUAAGAUCACAGGGAGUGGGAGCAAGAGGAGGAAGGCGAGGGGAAGGGGGAAACGUAUGGGGGGAGCAAGAGGUAGAGGGCGGGGGAGAGGACGGUGGGGGGGGGAACCAUAAGGGGGCAACCGGACAAGGGGGGUCCGGGGGUAGCAGUGCAGACUAUCCAACAGACACGGCAGCGGCGGCAGUGGUGGCGGUGGUGCAGAGGUCUGAGGCCAUGGCGGGUGCAGCAGCUGCUGCGUCGUUUGAGUUGACUCAAAGGUCGUUCCCGACGGACAUGGUGGUGCAAAAGGCCAUGGCGGCUGCUGCUGCGUCGGGCGACCUGCGCGCUCGCACCCUCAGGAAGGUCGUCUCCAUGACCGAGCAGCAGCAGCAGCCGCAGCAGCAGCAGCAGCAGCAGCAGCACCCGCAGCAGCAGCACCCGCAGCAGCAGCAGCAGCAGCACCCGCAGCAGAGAAACGGCCGGUACCGCGAGCAGCAGAGCAACGGGCGAGAGGAGCAGGGGGGCGGGCGAGGGGAGUAUGCGAGGGAAGUGGAGCGCGGCGGGAUCAGGAGAGGGGCGCGGGGCUCAGGCUGGCGUGAGGAGAUGGGGGGGGAUGGAGGGGAGGGGAGGGGAGGGGAGGUGCAGGGGCGAGCGGAGGUGGGUGUGGCGACUGUGGUGGGCACGGCAGGGCGCAAGCAAAUGGAGCAGAAGGAACAGGGGGAGCAGAAGGAGCGGCAGCAGCAGUUUCUGCAGCAGGGUGUUAAUUUUGCUGGCAGCAGUGGUGGAGGUGAAGAAACAGGAGGAGGGGGGGGAGGGGCAAGUGCACCGGGAGUGGGCAAGCAACUGUGGAACGUUGUUGGGAAGGGUGGUACAUCCAAAUCUCGCUCCCCUCUUGACCGCCGAGCCGUGUCGUUCAGGGAAAGGGGGCCCCUGGCUUCCUUUGCCCCCAUGCUGGGCCUGGCCUACAAGGGGGCCGGUGGGGGCGGCGGAGGGGGAGGCGGAGGGGGUGGCGGAAGGGGAGGAGGGACGGGUGGGGCGAUUUCAAUGGAAAAGAGCAGCAGCAGGGAUGGGAAGAGGGAGGCUUGGUUGGCGGGUUUACAGAAGGAGCUGGAGGAGAGGCGAGUGGAGGCCGCACGGCUGGAAGCAGCAGCAGAGGAGGCGAGGGAGUGGGUGCGGGAGAUGGCAGAAGAGGUAGAGGUGGAAAAGGCCCGGCUACAGGCUGACGGGGAGAGGGAGCGGGAGCGGGAGCAGGCGCGGGCGCGGGCGAGGGAGAGGGAGGGGGAGUUGGGGGAAAUAGAAGUAGCGAUGGGGUUGAGGGAGGAGAUGCAGCAGACACUGUGGGCCGUGGGGAGACCUGCGGAGAGACACGCAGGGAGGCAAGCGGGGAGGCACGGCGCACAGGCAGCACACUCGACGGACUCUCUCCCGCUCGCCUCGCACGACAGCUUCACCUGGCAGCAGCAGCAGCAGCAGCAGCAGGGGUCACAGCACGAGCAGCGGAGGGCGCCUAGGUCGGGGCCACUGAACCCCGUGAGCACAGGCGCCUUUGAGUCGUCAUCGCCAUCCCCGUGGCCACCUGCACGGGCCAGCAUGGUUGCGGCGGUGCCUGUGCUGCCUCCUGGGGGCGACGAGGGCGGGCGGUGGCUGCGCUCGGAGCUGCUGCUGGGGGCGGAUGAUAACGGUGAUGCCCAUGACUUCAGCUUCGCCCGGGUCGUCCGGCCCGGUGCUGCUGGUGCUGCUGGUGGUGGUGAUGGUGACGGUGCUGAUGGUUAUGAUGACGAUGCUGCUGCUGCUGGUGGUGGUGGUGGUGGAGGCGACGAGGACGAUUACUGUGAUGAUCCAGACCAGCAGCAGCACAGCAGGGCGAGCAUCAGCAGCGACUGCUCGCCCAUCAACUCCACUGAGUUCCUCCGCAAGGUCGCCGACAGGGCAGCAGCAGCAGCCGGCAAGCCCGCCAGCCGCCUCAACCCCACUGCUGCUCCUGCUGUUCCUGGGUCGACGACACCUCCGGACACCACGACGAGCACGUCGCGCAGCAGCAACCCCUCCACCUCAGCACCCAACACCACAGGAGGGGCGGGCGGGGCAGCAGGCGGCGCAGACGAGUCCUCGGACUGCCGGCGCUUCACCCUGGAUCAGCUGCGCGAGGCCACGGGCGGCUUCUCCGACGCCAACGUGCUGGGGCGGGGGGCGUUUGGGCCGGUGUUCAAGGGACAGCUGUACGGCUGCGACGUGGCGAUCAAGAAGCUGGAGGCGGGCAGUGAGCAGGGCCCUGCGGAGUUCCGCACCGAGGUGGAGGUGCUGAGUCGCGUGCGGCACCCGCACAUCGUGCUGCUCAUGGGGCAGUGCCCCGAGGAGGCUUGUAUCGUGUAUGAGUUCAUGUCGGGGGGAAACCUGCAGCAGAGGAUCGUGGCGGGCUCCACACCAGCCUCAGCUCCAGGAGUGGGAUCAGGCGGCUCUGCUGCUGCCGGUGCUGGUGUUGGUGGUGGGCAGGUGGUGGCUGUGGCGAAGCCGCGAGUCCUCCCCCUGUCGUGGUGCGAUCGGCUGCGCAUCGCGGCAGAGAUCUCCGGUGCGUUGCUGUUCCUGCACCGGCAUGACCCACCCAUCCUGCACCGUGACCUCAAGCCCGACAACAUCCUGCUGGACGCCAACGGCACCAGCAAGAUUGCUGAUGUUGGGCUCGCGCGCCUCAUCCCCGGGGACGGCGGGCUGGGCCACGUGACGUGGAAGGUGCGGGGGACCGCGGGGUACAUCGAUCCGGAGGAGAUCACCACUGGGCAGCUGUCAGUGAAAUCGGAUAUCUAUGCGUUUGGGCUCAUUGUGCUGCAGCUGCUGACGGGCAAGCGCAACGUGAAGCACCUCCACCGCAUGCUGGAGGAAUGCUCUGCUAGCUCCAACUGGAGUGCUGCUGGCGGCACUCCCGGAAUGUCCCCGCUCUCCCCUCUCUCCGGCUCCUCCCACAACUCCGCCAGCAGCGGGGGGGGACCGGGCGAGGCCAGAGACAUGAACCGGGUGCUAGCUGUGGUGACCAGCAACCUGGACCCCAAUGCGGGGCACUGGCCGGUGGGGCUGGUGGAGAGGGUGGUGAGGGUGGCGGCGCGGUGCGUGGAGCGCAAGCGAGUGCACCGGCCUGACCUGCGCACCACGGUGCACCCGGUGCUGGUGGAGGUGGCCAGGCUGGCCGCGGAGGAGAAGGCCAGGCGGACGGCGGAGGUCGAGGGGCAGCUGCUGUGCCCGCUCUCACAGGAGCGCAUGACAGACCCUGUGGUGGCUGCAGAUGGUUUCACGUACGAACGCCGAAGCAUUGCGUCAUGGUUGUCAUCACACGAUACCUCUCCACUGACGGGAGAGCAGAUGCCGCACGUGCUUCUCACUCCCAACCACCUUCUUGCACGCAUGCUCAACAACUUCUAGCUCCUCAUUCCCCUCUCCCCCGCUCAUGGAGGCUGGCUAGGCUGAUGUUGACUUCAAGGAGAAGGAAUCACAGCCACACGGAACGUGGUUGGGUUGGCUAGGUUGAAGAAAGGACUCCAAGGUGGAGGGAACCUGAUUACUCUCAGAGUUAGAAGUGUUGACUAGAAUGAGAGUAUACAGGGAUAUAUACGUAGCUAGUGGGUUGUUCUCUCUAUGACACAACCUUAUAUAGUCUACAAAAUAUACACAAAUAUGUUUG